AUGAUUGUACCCACCAACAAAGUCAAGGACAUCAUCAAUGAACGAGCUACGUUGACAUACACAAGCCGGACAAAUCAGCCGGUCCAUUGGUAUUACUGUUUGGACAAACAUAAUGGUCGAGAAAUUGGUUCCAUUGAACUGCGGAAUCACCUUGGCGGUUUACAUUCUGGUUCAACUUUGCAGCGUAUGGGCAAAAUCCCACUGGUGAUUGGUAUGCCAGUGAUGAUUGGUCAAAAUUUUGAUGUCGAUGCUGGUAUCAUGAAUGGU